AAAGGCACAUUGUACUUUUACAAAUUGCUUUUAUUUAGUAUUCUUCGUUUGACUACAGCGGUGCUAUGUUGGUUUGAUUUGCGCUCGCUGUAUAAUUUUGUGUGUCAGUUGAACAGUUUUUUUCGAAUAAAUUAAAACCAACGGCGUGUGAGAUAUAAGUACAACGAAGAAUAUGCAUUCUGAAUUGCAAACCAUCUGUGAAGAAUAGAACACAGUUUAUUAUUAUACGUAUAUAAGCUGGAAUAUCAUCGAUUAUUAGGAAUUAUUUUUGUUUUGACAACAACGAAUGCCAAUUCAUCAUUUGUUGAUAUUAUUCAUAUUGCCGAGACUGGGAAAUCGAUUCGUAAAUUAUGGGCGAAAAUCAACUUCUUAGCGAAUCAAACGGUUCCAAAGGACUUAUAGUUGUCACUUCUAACGGAAUCUCUAAUGAUAGUGACGCACAUAUCAAUAGAGUGGCUAUAAAACCAGCACUAUCCGUGGAACAUAUUGCAGCACCCUGUUGUCGAGACAUUCACGGGAAUGAACCCCCAGAUGGCGGUAUGCGAGCGUGGCUAGUUAUGAUUAGUGCCUUUAUAUGUAAUGGUGUUAUAUUUGGAAUAAUUAAUACGUAUGGGAUCUUAUAUGCCUUGUUGACGGAUCGGCUUACCCAGGCGGGCGACAAUGAAGCUUCGAGCAAAGCUGCUUUGGUGGGCUCAUUGACCAUUGGCACCACCUUUUUAUUCUCACCAGUUGCCGGUGUCUUGACAGACAAAAUUGGAUUGCGAUUGACAACAUUAAUUGGGGGCUUACUCUCCGCCACAGGUCUACUCCUCUCAUCAUUCUUUACGUUAAACAUCCAAGCUAUGUAUUUGACGUAUGGUGUUAUGUUUGGUCUGGGUGCCGCAUUGGCCUACACUCCAACAUUGGCAAUUUUGGGGCAUUAUUUUAAACGAUAUUUAGGAAAAGUAAGUGGAUUUGUUACAGCCGGCUCCAGUGUAUUCACAGUAAUAUUACCGUCAAGCUUGGACUAUUUGUUACGAGGUUAUGGUUUGGAAACUAUGUUGCAAGUUAUGAGUUUGGUGUCGUGCUUCAUAAUUGCUUGUUCCUUCGUUUAUAAACCGUUACAUCCUCCGCCUUGUCCGCCGAAAAAAAAGCCUGGCCGUUCACGUAUUAAUAUGAUUAUUCGCUCCAUUAUCAACGUAGACAUCUGGAAACGCAAAAAAUAUGUGAUAUGGGCGCUUUGUGUCCCCAUAGCUUUAUUCGGCUAUUUUGUACCUUAUGUGCAUAUGAUGAAGUUCGUGCAGAAAACUUUUCCUGGAAAAAGCAAAAAUCUGCCUGUGAUGUGUAUUGGCGUGACAUCCGGCAUUGGCCGAUUGAUAUUUGGAAUCAUUGCCGAUCUGCCAAGAGUUAACCGUAUAUAUUUGCAACAGUUAUCGUUAACGUGCAUUGGUGUGAUAACGUUAUUGUUGCCAUUAACCAGCUCAUAUGUACUACUAAUUGCUUUCACAUUAAUAAUGGGUUUAUUUGAUGGCUGCUUUAUUUCUCUUCUAGGUCCCAUAGCGUAUGAGUUAUGUGGACCUUCUGGUGCAACGCAAGCCAUUGGCUUUUUAUUAGGACUUAGUUCGUUUCCUUUAACAAUGGGACCACCCAUUGCAGGGUGGAUCUAUGAUCAAACCGGCUCAUAUACUUUGCCACUCCUUUUGGCUGGAAUACCGCCCAUAUUGGGCUCAACAAUUAUGUUCCUAAUACGCUGUGUUCGGAAUGACAGUGAUUAUGAAGCGAAUGUGUUAAGCAAACCGAAAGCAGAGAGUGGAAAUGUACAAAACGCCAAUUGGAAAAAUGCCGAGCAAAAUUUCAAUGAGCCGUUGUUGAGAGGACCUGAGGAAACAAACUGUGCUGACAGGAGAUGCGCGUUGGCAGACUCCAUUCGCAAAACGAACUCCUCUGAGUCAGGUAUUAGUCGAUAUUUUAUGGCCGGUAAACUUUCGGUAACUUUAGAAAAACGUAGAAUUAUAACUGCUUGUGUUCAUGAUGCUCCCAGUAGUGAAAUCAGUAGUCAUCCCAUUUGCUCAAAAACUGCUUUGCUUGAUACGCGUUGCAUGUCAAUAUCGAUUGCGGAUGACGAAGUCUUGACAACUGACGAAGCUUGUUCAGGAACAGUCGAGCGCUUAUACGAGUACGUCACGCAAAAACGCCGUUAUGCAUAUUCGAUUUAUUAACUUUUGUAUAUUCAUUCAUAUAUGUAUGUAUGUAAUCGUAUAUACUUAUUUAUUGUUUUUAAUUAAACCAAUUUAAAUGAAUUAGAAGUAACAUUCAAAUGCAUUUGAAGUAUAUGUUUCAUACAUGUAGUAUACACAUAUAAAUCGAUUAGUAUUUACUUGUAUUACAUAUUGAUAUAUAUAAAUGCCCAUGUGCGAUAGGGUGUUUCUUAAAACAUCGAAUGAACUGUUUUUCUAGUUUGACCCACUCAAUUUGCACAAAAUAAAAUAUUAGCAAACAAAUAAGGUAGGCUAAGUUCGGGUGCAACCGAACAUUUCAUACCCUUUCAUACUUUCAGGUGCAUAUGGAUUGUUAGUUAUAUGUGGUCUAAGGCUAGAUCUCAUCCGAUUUUAUCUAUUUUACAAAGAUACACUGUUAUUAGAAAUAUACGCUCCCUCAAUUCCUUUAUAUCCUAAGCGCAACUUCGUUCUGGAUAUUGUAGCAGGUUAAACUCCUACUUAUCCAGAAUCGACCCUGACAUACCCAACGUAUGUCCUGCAUGCAACGAGUCCCCGCAUAAUACUGGCCACCUCUCUGCAUACCCCACAAACCCUACUCAUCUAACACCCUCCUCCCUUUGGUCCGACCCCGUAGAAACAGCACGUGUCCUGAACUUCCCGUUAGAUGACCUCGAGGACAACGCAAACGACCCUUACUAUCCUAACGGGGAUUAGAUAUACCGUUAAAACAACAACAACAACAUAUCUUAAUUUAGUGCUUAGUAAAGGCAUUUUAUAGAUUUUCGAUUAAUAACAUUUUGUGGCAAUGAUCCGUUUAUCCUUUUGUGCCACGGAACACGUACAUCAAGUUUCUCAGUGUUCGCACAGGUGGACAGACAGACAACCAGUCGGAGCUCGCUUCGUCAUCCUGAUCUUUUAUAUAUUAUAUAAGUAUAUAACCCCAUAUCUAACUCGAUUAUAUUUAGGUGACACAACAAACAUACUAUUGACUUAGUGGUUGGGGAUUACAGCUUCAUUUUAAGAAGUUUGUAUUAAUAUUUAAUUUAAAGUUCGCUGAGUUCGUUAUUGUAUUACCUACCGAUUUUUUUACUGGUGAAGCUUUUAAAGAUGCGAGUGAUAUUAAAUCCAUUCUUUAAAUUACAAGGCAAAGAGUUUUGAUUGAUUGAUUUGAUUGAUUUUGAUUGUUUGCGUGUUUGUAAGUAGUAAUAAGUGAGCAGUUAUGAUUUUUAUGGUUUUUAUUGGUUAUCAACUCAUAAUUAUACCCUGAACAACGUGGCGAGCUGAGUAGAUUUAAUGACAUGAUUAAAUCCGUCUGUAUAUACGCGAACUAGUCUCUAAGUUUUUGAGAUAUCACUAUAAAAUAUUGCACACGUCCUUUUCUCACCAAGGAGCUCUUCAUUUCUCGGAAGCAACGUUAUCGGACAACGCAUAGCUUAUAUCUGUCACAUAAACUGAACUAUCGGAGUCAAGUGCUUGUACAAAAACACUUAUUCAUUUGCCAAGGUAUCUUCAUGAAAUUUGGCACAUUUUAUUGUCCAAUGCAUUGCUUCCAUAUUGUUCAUAUCAGACUACUAUAGCUUAUAGCUGCCAUCGAAACUGAUCGAUCAAAGUCAGAAUAAAGAUCUUUUUAUAGCCUAUAUGCCUAUGAAGUCUAUUGUGGGUUCGGUAAAGCCAAAGUUAACUGUUUUUUGUCUUUAUUUAACUAAUUUCCAAUUACUAAUUUUAUCACAUUUAUAUUCAGCGUUUUGCAUUAAUUUUCUUGUACAUAUAUGUAUAUACAUAUAUACUAUGAUAUAAGUACAUUUAUAUAUAGUAUGUAUAUGUUUACAUAUAUUUAAUAUUUUACUGCAAGACAGUGGCGAUUUGAAAAAUAAAAUAGUAAACAAUGAAUAAGAAAUCGUCACGUGCGCAUUGUUUCAAACUAGAGUUUGCACCUGCAUCCUACACCACUGCCGCUAGUCGCUAAUAAUUAAUUAUGCACAUACGUACAUAUAUGAUUACUGUUAAUAAUAACUUCUCACACUAAUUAUAUGGUUUUAAUUUUUAAAUAACAAAUUUUAUUGGGUCUCAAUUAACAUGGCUGCUUUUAUAUCAUGCUUGAUAUUACAUAUGUCUACGCAUACAAAUAUCAAUAUAUCAUACGGGCUUCUGUACCUAUACAUAUGUAUAUAUGUAAGUAUCAACAAUAUAU